CGUCUAAUUGUACGCGUGUGUGUACAUCCUCAUGAAUCACCUCAGGAUCCAUGAUUGCCUCUCUCUUGUCGUUUCGUAAUUAAAAAUCUCUUUACGAUAGUGAAUGAAAUGCGAGACGUAGCCCCGGGCACACAUAUAGCGAGGCUCGCUUUCGAAUUCUGGGAGAGCUCUGAGAGUCGCUGAGUCGCUGAGAGUCGCUGCUAGAAAAGAUGGCUCUGGCGGCCGGUAAUCGCGUCCCUUUGAUCGUCGUCCUCGUCAUCGCCGUCGUCGUCUCCGCCGUCGUCGCCUUCGUCGUCGCCGCGUACACCUAGUGCGCGCUCCUCCUACAUCCUCGUUAUCUCCUUUCCUUGUCCGUAGAGGAUCCUCCUCCAGCCGUUCGUCAUCUCGACGAGCGUUCGCUCAUCCCGAGACUCACCCUCGCUCAUUUUCUUCGCGGCCGUCCCAUCUCGCGAUGCGUCUUCGUGUGACAUUCUUGGAGAAUGUCAACUCUGAAAUGGAAUUCGUCGGUGGCGAUUGUCGUCCGAAGGAUCUCUCGAAGGUGUUGAAGGCAUAAAAAAGAAAGAGAGAGAGAGAAAGAGAGAGAAUUCCGGGUGUUUCGUAUCCGUUUGUCGUCUUCUUUUCACCAAGCAUCCCGAAAGAAACAGAAACGUAAACGAAUUAAACCAUGGAUCAAACGAAAAAUAGACCGAGUAGACCACGAUUGCGAUCGCACGGUAACUCUGCCAGAGUGCUUGUGUUUGAUCAAAAUGAAAUGGAGGAAACUGCCAGUAAUAUAGAAACAGAAGUGCACAAACGUCCAAUUCCGUCAAAAAUGGAAAGCAAGGAAGCUCCAGUUCGACCUGUUAGCGGAGAGUUAUCAAAUCUUGUUCGCAUGAGAAAUUCUGCAAUUGGAAAGUCGGCACCUUCUCUAUCAGUUCAUGUGCGCGACUUCAACAUUCCUCGUCGUGCUGCUAAAGCGGCUCAUCGCAAAUCUUUAAUCUCAACUACAUCACCUACUUUACCACGUUGCCAUUCACCUUUAUCAGCAUUCGUCCCGAUUGUAGGCAGUCCCCUAGAGAGUCCUAGGAUGUCAUCCAGUCCACACUUUGCUUUUGCUCCAAUUAAAAGAAUUGGCGGAGGUGCUACAGGAACUGGUGAUGGCAGAAGAUGGUCAGUUGCUAGUUUGCCAUCCAGUGGCUAUGGAACAACACCUGGUUCCAGUAAUGUUUCGUCACAAUAUUCGAGCCAAGAACGUUUGCAUCAACUACCAAAUGUUCCAACUAAGGACGAAUUGCGCAUGUUGUCUUGCCAUUUUUCCAAGCCUGGAACACCGUGCUCUUCACAUCCGGGCUUCCCUGGUUCUAGCAUAUCUAGUAUUCCAGGCAGCGCGUCUCUUAGCCUUGAAGAAGAGGGCUGUCGAUCGCCGUUACAUCGUCCACGUUCCCGAAGUUUGAGCAGUCCAAGUCGAUCACCUGUUCUCGAUAGUGAAAUCGUUAUGAUGAAUACCUUGUAUAAAGAAAGAUUUCCAAAGGCAACGCAACAAAUGGAAGAACGUUUGACUAAUUUUAUUAAUGAGAAUAAGGAGAUAGAUGAAUACGAAGUAGUGGCUAAUAUGACGCAAGAUUCAUUACCAAUUUUACGUUUUGUACAUCAUCAAGUAAUCGAAAUGGCCAGAGACUGCUUACAAAAAUCUCAGGAAAAAUUAAUUACAACGAGAUACUUUUAUGAGAUGAGCGAAAAUCUGGAACAUCUUUUAAUGGAAACAAAAGAUAAAUCUUUAGAGGCUGCAACGAGAUUAACAGGAUUAAUAAAGAAACUUUUAUUAGUUAUAUCGCGUCCAGCUCGUCUAUUAGAGUGUUUGGAAUUCGACCCCGAAGAAUUCUAUCAUCUACUUGAGCAAGCAGAGGGUCAAGCUAAAGUCAAUGCAGGAAUAAAAACUGAUAUUCCUCAAUAUAUUAUUACUAAACUCUCUUUAAACAGAGAUCCUAUAUCAGAGUUGCAGGAAGAUUUGAAUAAAUUGGAAGAUUCUGCGAGUUCUAGCGACAGUAAUCUACAAGUAACAUCGAAUCCAAAUAAAGAUGACGACAAGUCUCAGCGCAUUCCAUGCGAAAGUGACUACGAAGUAUUGAAACUUAUUAGUAAUGGCGCCUAUGGUGCAGUGUAUUUGGUCAAAGAGAAGACCACUCGACAGAGAUUUGCCCUAAAAAAAAUUAAUAAGAAUAAUUUAAUGUUACGAAAUCAAGUAGAACAAGUAUUUGCCGAAAGAGACAUAAUGAGCUUUACAGAUAAUCCAUUUGUAGUCUCUAUGUACUGUAGUUUCGAAACUAAGAAACAUUUAUGCUUAGUAAUGGAAUAUGUAGAGGGAGGAGAUUGCGCGAAUCUUUUAAAAAAUAUAGGUCCACUGCCACCAGACAUGGCAAGAUUUUAUUUUGCAGAGACUGUCUUGGCUGUCGAAUAUUUACACAGUUAUGGCAUUGUACAUCGGGAUUUAAAACCUGAUAAUUUGCUUAUCACUGCCCUGGGACACAUUAAGCUUACUGACUUUGGUCUCAGUAAAAUGGGUCUAAUGUCCUUGGCAACAAAUCUCUAUGAGGGCUACAUCGAUCGAGACACGCGGCAGUUUUCGGAUAAGCAAGUAUUCGGUACACCGGAGUACAUCGCCCCGGAAGUUAUAUUGCGCCAGGGUUACGGUAAACCAGUUGACUGGUGGUCUAUGGGUAUCAUAUUGUAUGAAUUUCUGAUCGGCUGUGUUCCAUUUUUUGGCGAGACACCCGAGGAAUUAUUUGCUCACACAGUAAACGAUGAUAUUGAAUGGCCGGACGAAGAUGACUGGCCUGUUCAACCUGAGGGGAAGGAUAUCAUAACGGCACUUCUACAUCAGAAUCCUAGAGAUCGAUUGGGGACUGGUGGGUCACAUGAAGUCAAAGAACAUCCAUAUUUUUAUGGAGUAAAUUGGAAUAGUUUGCUCAGACAGAAAGCAGAGUUUGUGCCGCAAUUAAUUAACGAUGAGGAUACAAGCUACUUCGACACUCGUAUGGACAGAUAUAAUCAUGACUUGGGUGAUGACACAGAUGACACCGAUGAUUCUCCCUUAUUUGGAUCGUUCUCCUCUUACUCCCCUCAAUCGCGAAAGAUUUCGCAGACGCGCCCGCCCCAGCUCAAUCCCGACGCAGACUUGGACGCUUCUAAAAAACAAUUGUUCCGUACUGAGCUUGAAGGCACGUUGGCACAUUUGUCCCUUGGAUCGAAUACAUCGUUGGUCACGCCACCGCCAUCCAAACUCGCUGAUCCUCAAUCCGCAUCAUCGUCCGAAAAGCAUCGUACGCCCCUCUUGUCCGUAAAGAGCAAAUCUUGCUCCGAAAAUCAAAAAGCCGACAAAUUAAACAUUAUGUCGUCAUCCUGUACAACUCCCCAGACUACGAUCUCGUCGAGCAACGAGUCUCAGCUUACUGUCGUUAAAGGCACUCGGGCGGAAGGAGCGUCGAUUAACUUGAGCACGCCCGAUUCCUCGCAAACCGAAUCUGAAGAUAUUAGCCCUCAGAUCCAGAGAAAGCGACACACGCACUCUCGUGAUAAGCUGCCCAGGUUCAGUAUAUCCAUUGAUGAUGAACACAUGUUGGAUCUUGCAGCAGCGAAUAAAGAUGCGAUAGAGGAGAGCAAGCAUAACUCUAGUACUGAUUCUUUCGAGUCCUUCACUACCAUACCCAUAUUACCAUCUGUCCGACAGAAAUCUCGGUCCGUCAUAAAAUCCGCUUCGACUAGCGGGCUCUCAUUAGUGAUCCCGACUAGCGAUUUCGCCUACGACGCGCCGCUGAAUGCUCAACCUAUCGAAUCGCCUGGUGGAUCGUCAACCGCGUCUUCGAGGGAUACCUCCCCAUGCCGCGAGCUGAGCCCUCUCGUGACUAGCCUAAAACCGCCCAUUAUCAUUCGUCGAGGUCCAUGCGGCUUUGGCUUUACUGUACACACUAUCAGGGUGUAUUACGGCGACAGCGAUUUCUACACUAUGCAUCAUCUAGUAAUGGAAGUCGAACAAUCCAGCCCAGCAUUCGAAGCUGGCUUGAGACCGGGCGAUCUGAUAACGCACAUAAAUGGUGAACCAGUACAGGGUCUGUAUCAUACUCAAGUCCUGCAAUUGAUGUUAAGCGGCGGUGAUCAUGUGACGUUGCGUAGUACGCCGCUGGAGAAUACUAGUAUCAAAACAGGUGGUAGAAGACGCGAUCUCGCUCAGAGUAAACUGGCGCGCCGGACGCUGCAUAAACAACGAAAGCAAAAGCGGGAUCACUCUGACAAGAAACGGAAGACGUCGCUCUUCAAGAGGAUAAGCUCCAAACGGGCGAGCGUAGAGAUGCAGCAGGUAUACUGAGGGAAUUUUCACUUUUUCGCAUUUUCGUUUAUGGCAUAAAUGCUAAAUGCGAUCUUAUCGUUUCGCAAUAUCUAUAUUUUAACGAAACUUUUAUCAUCAUAUA